AUGUGCGGCCCGCGGCGGCUCCCAGCCCCCGGCAGCAGCCUCGGCAGCUUCGGCCGCGCUUCGAGAGGCGGCUGCAGCGGCUCCAGCGGCGGCCAAACGGCCGAGCCCGGGCUGGGAGACACGAUGCGCCGCGUCCUUCGGCUGCUCCUCGGCUGCUUCCUCACCGAGCUGUGCGCCCGCGUGUGCCGGGCGCAGGAGCGAGCGGGGCACGGGCAGCUGGCGCAGCUGGGUGGCGUGCUGGUGCUGACGGGGGGCAACCGCUCCGGGGCCGCCUCCGGGGAGGCCGGAGAGGGUGCGGGUGUCUCGGACGCGCCUCCGACCCGGGCGCCCACGCCGGACUUCUGCCGGGGUUACUUCGAUGUCAUGGGCCAGUGGGACCCGCCGUUCAACUGCAGCUCGGGCGACUUCAUCUUCUGCUGCGGGACUUGUGGCUUCCGGUUCUGCUGCACGUUUAAGAAGCGGCGCCUGAACCAGAGCACCUGCACCAACUACGACACUCCGCUCUGGCUCAACACCGGCAAGCCCCCCGCGCGCAAGGACGACCCCCUGCACGACCCCACCAAGGACAAGACCAACCUGAUCGUUUACAUCAUCUGCGGGGUGGUGGCCGUCAUGGUGCUCGUAGGCAUCUUCACCAAGCUAGGACUGGAGAAAGCGCACCGACCCCAGAGGGAGCACAUGUCCAGGGCCCUUGCAGAUGUCAUGAGGCCGCAGGGCCACUGCAACACCGACCAUAUGGAGAGGGACCUCAACAUCGUGGUCCACGUGCAGCAUUAUGAGAACAUGGAUACCAGAACCCCCAUAAAUAAUCUUCACUCUAGCCAGAUGAACAACGCAGUGCCCACCUCCCCUUUGCUGCAGCAGAUGGGCCAUCCGCAUUCGUACCCCAGCCUGGGCCAGAUUUCCAACCCCUAUGAACAGCAGCCUCCUGGCAAAGAGCUCAACAAAUACGCCUCCUUGAAGGCCGUCGGAAGUUCUGAUGGUGACUGGGCAGUGGCGACACUUAAGUCACCAAAAGCCGACAAGGCCAAUGACGACUUCUACUCCAAGCGCCGGCACCUGGCCGAGCUGGCGGCCAAGGGGAACCUCCCUCUGCACCCCGUGAGAGUGGAGGAUGAGCCGCGGCCCUUCAGUCCCGAGCACGGCCCCGCCAAGCAGAACGGACAGAAGUCUCGCACCAACAAGACAUCCUCACACCCCCUGGCCUACAACUCCAACACCAACUUCAAGGGCUGGGACACCGGCGAGCAUUCUCUCCGGCGGCAGGCUUACGGCAGCAAGGGCAAGCUGGGCACUGCCGAGUCGGGCUCCAGCGACCCCCUGGGAACUCGCCCCCAGCACUACCCACCCCCACAGCCCUACUUCAUCACCAACAGCAAAACAGAAGUGACUGUCUGA